UCCAACGAGUCACUUCAUUAGUGAGCAGCAUUAUUGCAGUGAUAUUAGUUGAGCUAUAACCAAAUAUAUACCAUUAAUUACAAAAUGGAGAACACACCAAGCUAUACCCACAAGAAGUUCGCUGUGAGCAAACGCAAGCGGGAUUUCGACCAGGACAAGGAGAACUUCACACAUCAGUUGGAGCAACCGAUAACCAAGCGGCGCCAGACUCAGGGAUUCUUCCGACCCUGGUUGGACAAUGAGCAGAACCAGCAGCAGGAGGCAACCCCAUCCGCCCCAGUGCAGAAACCAAGUGGCCAAGGAUCCCCAGUCAGCCAGUACCAUGCCAACAUGGUGCGUCGCAGCCAGACGCAACGCCAGCGAAGCCCCAAGGAGCAGAUGCGUCGGGAUCGGAACACCUUGGCCUGUCUCCUCAGUCGGUGGGCCAAACAGGCGCAGGAGGAGCAAGUGGGUCGGCAGUACGAGCAGUACCGUAGCCACCAUGCCGCCAUGCUGGAGCAGCAGAUCCGCCUGAGCCUCUACUACCGCCAGAUUCUCCAGCAGGCGGUGUUCCAGCGAGCCAUCACCCCGGCACCUGGUCAUGUCCUGCCCCAGCAGCAGCAACAGUUCCUCCAGCAGAUGGCCCUGUCCCAGCAGAUGCUCAUCUUUGGUGGCCAGCACUGACGCCCCAAUCGAACAUCAUAAUCAGCGACUAUGGAUAGC